AUGAUGAAGGCCUCGAGGCCUCUGGUGACGACCGGUCUGUCGCCCUUAUCAGAUACCUCGUCGGUCCUCGGACAGGGGCAUUCACCCCACCAGCGCGACAGGAUGGAGGCCUCGUACGAAUCCGAACAUGCUAACAACGGCGACCUCGCACAUCGCGCCUGCGAGAAGUGCCGGUCGUCAAAGAGGAAAUGCGACAAGACGCUGCCCUACUGUACGAGAUGUACCAGAUUAAAUGCAAAGUGUGUUUACUUGGCCGACUCGGUGGGCGUAAACCCAGGGGGAAACGGCGCCCCGGUGGUCAUAUUUCAACCGCAUGGACUCACAAAUGAUGUUUCUCUGAGGGGCGUGGAUCCGCUCGAAGACAUCACGGCCUCUCAGAUCCUGUCCUUGAUACCGACGGAUGCCCAGAUGGGCGAGAAGCUGGAUUGGUCGGAUGCUGUCCGGGGUUAUUUCGAUUAUGUCCAUUCCUGGUACGCAGUGGUUCAUCGGAAUCUAUUCGAGCAACAGCUGGCUGCACUCACGGCGGCAGUGGACUCUCCUCAGUCUCAAGUAACUCAGGUAUACUCACCACCUCUGACGAACUCACCUUCCGAAAAGUCAGUUACGCCAAGCCAAACCGUUACGGCACUGGGGUCCAUGUCGGAGCCGCAGAUGAGCAGAGAGUUUGCGCUACUCAUUGUCACAAUGCACAUGGUGACACGACAUCGGUAUACCAAAAACGGGGAGCGCCCCAUGUUUGACGAACUUUACCACUUCGUCAAGCGCGUUGUUGCACUCGCACUCCUCGACAGUCCUCUUCCAAGGAUCGAACUGGUACAGUGCGGCGCAUUGCUAGCCUUGUAUGAAUAUGGCCACGGAGACUCCUUGUUGGCGUACCGAACCCUUAGUGAAGCUGCAGGUGCGGCGAGGGUUCUCGAAGUGAAGCCAGGGCAGAUGGAUGGGGAAGGCGCGGCCGAUUUGAAGGGCGAGCUCACCAUGGAAGAGGAGCAGAAAGGCGGCUUGUGGUGGAGUCUAUUCAUCCUGGACCAGUUCAUCCACCGAGACGAAGUGUCCAAAAAUCUACCUUUUGUACUGGAGAGCCCGGAAUUGACGACCCUCCUGCCAGGAUCGGUUACAGCAUCGAAUUGCUCUCGGGUUGUUGGUCAUCCGGGGCGAUUCGAUGUCAAGUAUAUCUGCGAGCCACCGCCACCUCCACGCCAACGGCUGCCCAUCAGUGUCGAACUCAACACAAGACAAAUGGAGUCGUUCCAACUAUCUGCCAAGGUCGCAAGCCUGCUGCACAGGGCUCUUAGACAUGAGCACUACGUACGAACGAGACCAGGCUAUCUCCCACCUGUCAACUCAUUUUCGAGUCUCGAUGCCGAAAUCCGACGAGCCACCAUGACGUUAUUACAGGAUGAUGUUGCCAAUUGGCAGGUUACACUAGACUGCUUUGCAAUGUGUUGCUCCGCACUUUUCAGCCUCUACCUUCCAUAUCUCCCUGUGCUGGAAACAAAGUCUGCAGCGGAGAUUAAGCAGGAUGCAGACCUGAGCAUGGCACUGGCUGCCUUACGAUUUGCAGCUCAACUGUCCACGGAUAUCAGCUGCAAGGUCAAUGCCGAUAUCAAGCGGGGAGAGGAGGGGGUAGCCUUGAAAUAUAUUGUUGCCCCCGCCGCACCGACAUGCUACCUCGUCGUAAAAACGUACGCAAGCUUACGCCGAAUAUUUCCAGAAGAGUGGGAUCACUGCCAGGAGGCUAUGGUUGAUAAAUUCGAGAGCUUGAGGUUCUUUAGCUACCGUUGGGGAAUUGCAGAAAAGAUGAUGCGUCAACUGCAAGAAGUUGCGGGAUUGGACCGGAAUGAAUUCAUCAAACCCGAAACGCUUGCGUCGAUUUCGAUUCUCACCAGUGGGCCAAUGGACCUAAGUCGGUAA